GGAGGGUUGGAACCGAGGAGGAAGACGAAGAUCCAAAGGGUUUUUCAAAUCCUGGCAAUCCACGUGGCUAAAGUGCGCCUCUCUUACAUUCCUCCUCUCCACCAAUCAGAUUCUCGUUUUUUUCCCAAGGACAAUCUUCCUUCCCAAUACCCUUUCUCUACUGUUUUCGUGUUCUCAUAGCCUUUCUCUGUUUUCUCUUUAUUUUUUCCUUCUUUUUUCCCCUUUUCAUUUGCUUCUCAUCACAGUUUAAAGCUGCAAGGGAAUGCCCUUUUACGGGUGUGAGCCCAGGAUUAGGAUUUCAACCCAUUUACUCUAAAUAAAAGUUGUUAAGUUCUGGGUUAAUUUAAUAGCCCAUGAAUUCUUAGUUCCUACUGUGAACUGUGGGGAAGAGGAAGCAGAGGUUUCCAUCGAGAGGUCGGUGUCUGCUCAACGUAAAAACAAGCACACCCAGUUGAUAAUACGCCUCAAUCCAUGCUCUUCGAUUCCCGUGCUUUUGAUUCCAACACACCCCUUUCAGCUCUACAAGCCCCCACCUACCAGAUUUUGCAGACUCUUACCAUUUUUCAGUUUUUGUUCCUUCCCUCUUCUUGCUUUUUUGACUCAUGCCUUCUCUCUUGUUUUCUUCUUCUUCUUCUCUAUCACUGUCCUAGUCAUGGACUCCACCAAUAAGCGCCACCCUCAAUUCUUCACAUUUCUUCCAUCUUCUCUUUACUGAGGAUGUGAACAAUCCACGCUUCGUUCUUCUUUAUGGGCUCUGUGGAUGAGAAGCUCAAAACAAUAGGGGGGUUCAUUAGUAACGCCCCACAGCCUAACCUUCUCGACGACAUGAAAUUGUUGAAGGAAAUGCAAGAUCAAACUGGGGCCCGGAAGGCUAUAAACUCCGAGCUAUGGCACGCUUGUGCUGGUCCGCUUGUUUCCUUGCCCCAUAUGGGCAGUCUUGUUUAUUACUUUCCUCAGGGACAUAGUGAACAGGUGGCAGUUUCUACCAAGAGAACAGCAACCUCACAGAUUCCAAAUUAUCCUAAUCUUCCCUCUCAGUUGAUGUGCCAAGUUCAUAAUGUUACCUUACAUGCCGAUAAAGAUUCAGAUGAAAUCUAUGCUCAGAUGAGUCUUCAACCGGUGAACUCCGAAAAAGAUGUCUUCAUAGUUCCGGACUUUGGACUACGGCCAAGUAAACAUCCAAACGAGUUCUUCUGUAAAACUUUGACUGCCAGUGACACCAGCACUCAUGGUGGGUUUUCAGUGCCACGCAGAGCUGCUGAAAAGCUCUUUCCUCCAUUGGAUUACACAAUGCAACCACCAACUCAAGAGCUCGUUGUCCGUGAUUUGCACGACAAUACCUGGACUUUUCGCCACAUAUAUCGGGGGCAGCCGAAGCGACACCUUCUCACAACCGGAUGGAGUCUAUUCGUCGGGGCCAAGAGGCUUAGAGCUGGCGAUUCUGUCCUUUUUAUCAGGGAUGAAAAGUCACAGUUGCUCGUUGGAGUGAGGCGUGCUAACCGGCAACAAUCAACGUUGCCAUCAUCGGUUCUAUCUGCUGAUAGUAUGCACAUAGGGGUUCUUGCUGCUGCAGCUCAUGCUGCUGCUAAUCGGAGUCCAUUCACAAUCUUCUACAACCCCAGAGCAUGUCCUUCAGAGUUUGUUAUUCCCUUAGCCAAGUAUCGCAAAUGUGUAUACGGAACUCAGCUUUCUGCAGGCAUGAGGUUUGGGAUGAUGUUUGAAACAGAAGAGUCCGGUAAACGCCGAUACAUGGGAACAAUUGUUGGAAUUAGCGACUUAGAUCCACUUAGGUGGCCAGGUUCCAAGUGGCGAAAUCUCCAGGUGGAGUGGGAUGAGCCAGGGUGCUGCGACAAGCAGAACAGGGUUAGUUCAUGGGACAUAGAAACCCCAGAAAGUCUCUUCAUUUUUCCUUCUCUGACUUCGGGUCUUAAACGCCCAUUACACGGUGGGUUCUUGGCAGGAGAAACUGAUUGGGGAAGUCUGGUGAAGAGACCAAUGCUUCGUGUUCCUGAAAAUGUUUCAUAUGCGCCAACUUUAUGCUCCGAACCACUGAUGAAGAUGCUACUGAGGCCUCAACUGGUUAACCUUCACGGCACCACUUUACAGCAGGACAUGAUGGGGGGUAUGCAGCCAGUAACCAAUCCCAAAAUGCAGCAGCAGCAGGUUACAUCGUCGUCUCCUCAGCAUCAAAAUCAUCAUCAGCCAGCUCCUUCGCCGUCUACUGAUCCCAUUAUCUCAAAUUCAUCACCUAAAGCAAAUGAACCAGGAAAAGUACAGGAUUCGGCGGCCAUUGAAAGUGAAGCUCCUACUGGAGCUGAGGCAGAUAAGUCGAAAUAUGAACGUGAAGUUUCAACCUGUCAGUCUAAUCCAUUGCCGCCGGUUGAAUGUGGGGAGGAUAAACUCACUGGUAAUGAAGUGAAUAUGCAGACGCUUGUAAACCAGCUUUCAUUUGUGAACCAGAAUCAGAUCCCCAUGCAGUUGCAAUCCGUAUCAUCCUGGCCCAUGCAGCCUCAGCUGGAAUCACUAAUCCAACAUCCCCAACCAAUUGACACGCCUCAGCCUGAAUUUCCCAAUUCAAAUGGUUUGAUUUCAUCCAUGGAUGGCGAUGGAUGCUUGAUUAACCCUACUUGUCUACCUCUUUCUGGUGUAAUGAGAUCACCAGGGAAUCUCUCUAUGUUGGGAUUGCAAGAAUCCUCAACAGUGUUCUCUGAGGCUCUUAAUUUUCCUAUACCCUCUACAGGUCAAGAGAUGUGGGACCCACUUAGUAAUAUAAGGUUCUCUUCUCAAACCAAUCAUCUCGUCUCGUUCUCCCAUCCUGAUGCAUCUAACCUGAUCUGUAUGGCUAAUGCGAAUGUUACGAGAGAUGUUUCCGAUGAGAGCAACAACCAGAGUGGGAUAUAUGGUUGUUCUAACCUUGAAAUCAGUAAUGGUGGAAAUACUUUGGUUGAUCCUGCUGUUUCGAGUACCAUUCUUGAUGAUUAUUGCACACUCAAAGAUGCUGACUUCCCACAUCCUUCAGAUUGCUUGGCUGGGAACUUCAGUUCGAGCCAAGAUGUUCAGUCUCAGAUCACCUCUGCUAGUUUGGGAGAUUCUCAGGCUUUCUCCAGGCAAGAGUUCCAUGAUAAUUCAGGUGGUACAUCCUCUUGCAAUGUGGAUUUUGAUGAAGGCAAUCUUCUGCAGAAUGGCUCGUGGAAACAAGUGGUACCGCCCAUGAGAACUUACACCAAGGUCCAGAAGGCGGGAUCAGUUGGUAGGUCUAUUGAUGUGACAAGUUUUAAGAACUACGAAGAACUGUGCUCUGCUAUAGAGUGUAUGUUUGGACUUGAAGGGUUGCUUAAUGACCCAAGAGGCUCAGGAUGGAAACUGGUUUAUGUGGAUUAUGAGAACGACGUGCUGCUUAUUGGCGAUGAUCCCUGGGAGGAAUUUGUUAGCUGCGUACGGUGCAUCAGAAUCUUGUCACCUUCAGAAGUUCAGCAAAUGAGUGAAGAGGGAAUGAAGCUUCUCAACAGUGCUAUGAUGCAAGGCAUGAAUUGCUCCAUAUCAGAAGGUGGCCGAGCUUAAAACUUGGUUUGGUUGAACCAGAAGAAGGUCGAUUCUUCUGCUUUGUUAGUUUAGAAUCAAGUUUAAAGCUAAAGCAGUAAGGAGAAUUGUUAGCAUAAAGCCAUCACCUUGUUGCAAGUGUGAUUGUUAGUUGCCUAUAUUUAUCAGUAAGGGACAUUUGCCAAGCGCUCUAGUUGAAGUAGAUUCAGUUCCUGCGAAAUUGUACUCUUUCUGAAUUCAGUAGACCAAA